AUGCUGAGUAGCCGUGAAAUAAGUGCAGUACUUGGAAAUACAACACUUACCAGAAAAACAACAAAAGGAUGCCCGCAAGGUGGAGUCUUAUCGCCUCUGCUGUGGUCAUUAGUCGUAGACGAACUGCUCAAAAACCUGACCGAACAGGGAUUUGAAGUAGUCGGAUUUGCCGAUGAUGUUGUGAUUCUCGUGAGGGGAAAAUUCGAUAUCAUGAUUUCAACGGUACUCUCGACACUCUUACUUUUACCGUUCAAUUCCUCGCUAAUCGAACCACCGUCCGCGGAUCCAUUUUUCUCGUCAACCGUGGCCCAGGUUCUAAUCGGCAACUUUCAGUUCGACCAUGUAUCGACGAUGAUCAGCUCGGCAUCCGAACGUCGAUCAUCGCUCGGAAUAGUCAACGAUGUUCUUGCAUUGCUGGGCGGUCAAUUGGAAAUACGGCUUGAUCGGUUCAGCGAAUCCAAUCGCCUCAACUAUGCCCUGUUCUUCGAUGGGUAUUUUUCGUUUCGCAAGGUCCUACAGGAUCUGGGCAUAGCCGACGAUCUUAUUACCGGUCGGUGUCUGCUGGUCUACUGUGGAGAAGCCGGUCUAGAUGAUGAACUACAGCGACGCAUCUUCGACGAUCUCUGGAGAAGUCGUAGCGUGGAUGUGAACUUGAUGUGGAACAAUGAUAGCCGAGUGGAGAUUUGGACGUAUUUUCCUUAUGCGAAGCCUUACUGCGGAUCUGUCAAACCGGUACUGUUGCGGAGUUUCACCCCCGGUAGCACGGAAUCACAUCUAGAUCUGUUCCCAGCCAAAACCAGCAGCUUUAAGGGAUGUCCGUUGAAAGUUGGUGCCUUUCAAAGCAAUCCGUUCAUGAUUUUCGAAGACGAUGACGAUGCUUCGAGUGGGAUCAGUGGUAUCGAAGGGGACUUGCUUAAAUUGCUAGCUGAGAAGCUUGACUUCACUAUCAGCAUCGUGGUUCCACCGAACAAUACCAUGUGGGGACAAGUGGAUGGUGAAAACAGUACCGGAAUCAUACAGUUGAUCCUGGACGAGGAAGUUGAUUUGGGAUUGUCCAGCCUAGGGCUCGCCCAAGAACGGAUUGCGAUCCUUAAACCGGGCGUGGCUCACCACGUCACUAGAACCGUAUUUGUCGUUCCGGCUGGACGGGAGUUCACCUCUUUCGAGAAACUCUUUGGCCCUCUGGCCACGGAUAGCUGGAUCCUCAUCGGAGCAUUUACGCUGGUCGGUUUGGCCGUUAUCGGGAUAGUGGGAGUGUUUUCCGGAGAAAUUCAAAACUUCGUGUACGGCCGUGGAGUGUCAACUCCGUAUCUAAAUUUAUUCGGCACCUUUUUCGGGUACAGUAUCACCAGAUUACCCGGAAGAAAUUUUGCCAGAACUAUUCUCUUCCUGUAUAUAUGGUUCACUAUGGUACUACGUUCCGUCUAUCAAGGAUCACUGUUCAAGUGUCUGCAAAACAGUCACCGUUACGCACCAAUGAGCACACUUGCCGAAAUUGAACGGUCAAGCGGACUUAUCUACACAAUACCGUUCUACCGAGACCACUAUCUUAUCCACGUGCCAAGUGUGAUGCCCAGAGUACGCCUGCUGCCGCUCGUUCCGGACACCAUACUGUCCGGUAUUGGUUGGUUGCUUGAUCAACCCGGAUCGCCGGAUGUGCUGCUCAGCCCGCAGGAUUACGUCGCCCGGCAUAACAAGCUGCGCGGCAACCGAGGUUCGGCGUUCGCUCAAAUCGCCCGUGAAUCGCUCGGAACGUGCACCGCCGUAAUCUACUAUCCGAAACGUUCGAUCCUGACGCCUGCCUUCGAUCGGCAAAUUAUGCGCAUUCAGUCGGUCGGUUUGGACAAAUUCUGGCUCAACCGCUAUGGGGAUUAUCAGUUUUUCCGCCAGGAGACGAACAAUCGCAUCCCGGAGGCCCUCACCGGUGAACAUCUGCUGGGAGCGUACGAAGUUUACGGCACGAUGCUGUUGGGAAGUUCGCUGGUUUGGGCGUUGGAAAUGCUCUCACUUAAAGUACGUUGGUUACGAAAGGUUUUCGAGGGGCAAAUUUUUCACGGUAUUUUAUAA